GUAUUCGUGAACAUUCAAGUACUGUAGAAGUCCGUUACUGCAGUGAUCCUAUUGUGAAUGCGGGAAGAAAUGAUCCUAACUUGAGUGUGGGUAGGCAAAGCAGUUCUAUUUUGAUUCCAGGAGAUGUGCAGCAGUUGAAGGGGAGUAACUGCGGUGGCAUGAAAAAUCUAAUGGAUUUGAGCCCACUUCUAAAACUCGAGCUUCUAGAGAUUUUUGAAUGAUGGGAGAACUUGCAGGUGCUCUGUGGAGCAGCAGAUGAACAAGAAGUAAUCAACGGGCAUUCCUACUCUCUCUCCUUCCCCUGUCUUAAGAAGCUAAAUAUCCAGAGAUGUCUGAAACUUAAGUAUCUGUUCGGCCACGGGUGUGAACACUCCUUUCCAGACCUACAGGCGAUUGUCAUCCAGGGUUGUGAGGAAAUAGAAGGGAUAACUGCAGCGGCAGCUGGUUCACCGGUUCCUGCUUUCCCCAGUCUAGAAGAGAUCGAUGUGAAGUCUUGUGGCAACAUGAAGAGGGUAGUUGAAUCUGAGUGGCUUCUCCAUUUCCCUAAUCUGAAGAAGGUUAAAGUACGGGGAUGCAAGAAGAUGGUCGAGAUAAUAGGACGGCCACCUCCAUGCAUGCCAGUGGAUACGGCCCUUUUGGAUGUGAGCUCAUUUCAAAAACUCGAGCUUCUAGAGAUUAUUGAAGGGGAGAACUUGCAGGUGCUCUGUGGAGCAGUAGAUGAACAAGAAGUAAUCAACGGGCAUUCCUACUCUCUCUCCUUCCCCUGUCUUAAGAAGCUAAAUAUCCAGAGAUGUCUGAAACUUAAGUAUCUGUUCGGGCACGGGUGUAAACUCUCCCUUCCAGACCUACGGGUGAUUAUCAUCUACGGUUGUAAGGAAAUAGAAGGGAUAACUGCAGCAGCAGCUGGUUCACUGCUUCCUGCUUUCCCCAGUCUAGAAGAGAUUGAUGUGGCGUCUUGUGGCAACAUGAAGAGGGUAGUUGAAUAUGAGUGGCUUCUCCAUUUCCCUAAUCUGAAGAAGAUUAAAGUAUGGGGAUGCAAGAAGAUGGUCGAGAUAAUAGGACGGCCACCUCCAUGCAUGCCAGUGGAUACGGCUGUUUUGGAUGUGAGCCCACUUCCAAAACUCGAGCUUCUAGAGAUUGUUGAAGGGGAGAACUUUCAGGUGCUCUUUGGAGCAGCAGAUGAACAAGAAGUAAUCAACGAGCAUUCCUACUCUCUCCUCUUCCCCUGUCUUAAGAAGCUAAAUAUCCAGAGAUGUCUGAAACUUAAGUAUCUGUUCGGCCACGGGUGUAAACUCUUCUUUCCAGACCUACAGGCGAUUGUCAUCAAGGGAUGUGAGGAAAUAGAAGGGAUAACUGCAGCGGCAGCUGGUUCACUGCUUCCUGCUUUCCCCAGUCUAGAAACGAUCAAUGUGGAGUCUUGUGGCAACAUGAAGGGGUAGUUGAAUCUGAGUGGCUUCUCCAUUUCCCUAAUCUGAAGGAGAUUAAAGUACAGAGAUGCAAGAAGAUGGUCGAGAUUAUAGGACGGCCACCUCCAUGCAUGCCAGUGGAUACGGCCCUUUUGGUAAGGCAUCUUCAAGUGGAACAUUGCAACAUACAGAAGUUGCUUCCGCUGGAAUUGUUGCCACAUCUUCGGAAUCUUCAACGCAUCCAUGUAAAUGACUGCACAGGAAUGGAGGAAAUUGUAAGCAGAGGAAGUGCAAGCACUCCUGAGCACAUCCCCUCCUCCUCCUCUCCAUGUCCAUUUCAUUCUCUCCCACAGUUAGAGCACUUGCAUCUAGAGAACCUACCUGACCUGAAGAGAGUAUGUGAAAGCACCAUAAGUUGCCAUUCAAUAACAUUGCUUCGUGCGUUGGGUUGUCCAAAACUGGAGAGAAUAUCUCUGCAACUGAAACUCGCUCAUCGUCAUGGGCUCCUUCCAGAGAUUAAUUUGGGUCACGAGGAACUGUGGGAUACACUGGAGUGGGACGGUCCCAAUCAGGAUCAAUUGGUUUUGAAAUUUGUAAAAGCUUAUAGUCUGGGUAAGAAUUGUAAUCCACCGUCCUUUGAUGGAGCCGGCUUGCCACAGAGAAGGAGAAUUCUCCAUAAGAAUCGUGAUCUACUGUCCUUUGAUGGAGCCGGCUAACCACAAAGAAGGAGAAUUCUCUGUGUCAACCACAAAUAGCAUCGACUCUUCACUAUCUUCAGCUCUUUUCUUGUUUUCUUCUUCUACUUGCACUGCUGACCAUCUUUAGGUUCAUUAUCUUCAGCUCUCUUCUUGUUUUCUUCUUCUACUUGCACUGCUGGCCAUCUUUGAAUUCAGUGUAGGAGAGGAAAGAAAAUUAUCUGUUGUAGAAGUAAUGAGUGAAGUCAAGGGACAUAACCCUAAAUUGUUCCAAUGAAGUGUUGAACUUGGAAAGAUGAUAAAAUUAGACAUUUUGUAUACGAAACUGACUUUAUGUGGGUGAUUGAGUAUAUUCAUAUGUUAAGAUGCUUAAGCACGAGUUCA